AUGAGCGUCGAAAUAAACACGGGCUGCGCCUACCGCGACCGCCUCAUCGCCGAAUGGCUGCGCAUGGACAAGAACCCCAAGACCAUCAAGGAGCUGAAGACGCUGCUCGAGCAGCGCAAGUACGACGACAUCUCCGUGUUGCUGGGCAAACGGCUCGCCUUCGGCACGGCCGGUCUCCGAGGUAAAAUGGGCACCGGCAACGCCCAACUCAACGACUUGGUCAUCAUCCAGACCUCCCAAGGUCUGUUGAAGCACCUGGUGAAGAACCGCGAGGAGCUGCUCAAGCGCGGCGGGCUGGUGGUGGGUUACGAUGGUCGUCACAACAGCAAAAGGUGGGCGGAAUUAACAGCUUCGAUCUUCGUCCAAGCGGGUUAUAAAGUGUAUUUAUUCGAAGACGUGAUGCCCACACCGUUCGUUUCGUUCGCCGUGAAGCAGUACAAAUGCGCUUGCGGGGUUAUGGUAACCGCCUCGCAUAACCCCAAAGAAGAUAACGGUUACAAAGUUUAUAGCGACAGAGCGGUGCAAAUCAACGAGCCGGAGGACGGGCACAUCCAGAACGCCAUCUUGGAGAAUUUGGAGCCCUGGGACGGUUCGUGGGACACCGACGUGUUGGAGAAGAGCCCGUUGCUGAAGCGACCUCUGUGCGACAUCCAAUGUCGUUAUUUAAAUUAUAUCGAUAACGCCAUUUCGGAGGAGAGCAAGGUGCUCAAUAAGAAAGUGAAUUUGUUGUUUACUUACACGCCGGUGCACGGCGUCGGAUAUCGAUACGUCAAGGAUAUCUGCGAUAAGAUCAAUAUUCGAUUGCAAAUCGUCGAAGAACAACGCGAUCCUCAUCCGGAUUUUCCCACUGUUAAAUAUCCCAAUCCUGAAGAAGGAAAACCGGUGUUCGAGUUGGCUAUGAAAACCGCCGAUGCACACGACAGUAAAUUAAUCAUGGCGACUGAUCCGGACGCCGAUAGAUUCGCUAUGGCCGAAAAACAACCCUGUAGUUGUUGGAAGAUAUUCACCGGCAACCAUUUGGGCGCGUUAUUCGCCUGGUGGAUGUUCCAUUCGUUCAAGCAAUCGAAAAACGCCAGUACAAUCCCGAUGGAUAAAGUCUACAUGGUCUACAGCACCGUCAGUUCGAUGAUAUGCAAAUCCAUGGCCAAGGUGGAGGGAUUCAACACGGUCGACGUGUUGACAGGAUACAAAUGGAUAGGCAGUAAGGCGUUGGAAUUGGAGGAGAAAGGCAACAAGGUGAUAUUCGCCUUCGAAGAGGCCAUCGGUUAUCUGGUGACCACCGAAAUUCUCGACAAGGACGGCGUAUCGGCUUGCGCCCAAAUGGUCACUUGUGCUUCUUAUGUAUACAGCCAGGGCAAGACGAUGGACCAAAUGCUGGCCGAGAUCUUCGACAAAUACGGCUUGCACAUCACCAACAAUUCCUACUACAUUUGCAAGGACGCCGACGUGAUCGAAAGGAUAUUCGAAAGGUUAAGGAAUUUCCGCGGUCAAAACACUUACCCCGAAUCGGUUUUGAACGGCAAAUACAAGAUAAAGAACAUAAGAGAUUUAACGACCGGUUACGAUGAUAAUCAGCAGGACAAAAAGGCUAUCCUGCCGGUAUCGCCCAGCAGUCAAAUGAUCACGUUUUACUUCGAAAACGGCACGGUUUGUACGCUGCGUACCAGCGGUACCGAGCCCAAAAUCAAGUACUACGUGGAAUUGUGCGCCUCCCCCGAUAACAAGGACGCCGGCGCGAUAAAGUCGACGCUCGACGAAAUGGUAAAGGGCAUUUGCGAGGAGUUUCUGGAGCCGGCCAAAAAUAAAAUCGCGCACCAAUCGGAGGUGAAGUAG